AUGUCCAAACCCUUCCCCAGAGGCCUGCCCAACCCCUUUCUCAGAAGCCUGACCAACCCCUUCCUCAGAAGCCUGCCCAACCCCUUCCUCAGUGGCAUGUCCAACCCCUUCCCCAGAGGCCUGCCCAACCCCUUCCUCAGAAGCCUGACCAACCCCUUCUUCAGAGGCCCGCCCAACCCCUUCUUCAGAGGCCCGCCCAACCCCUUCCCCAGAGGCCUGCCCAACCCCUUUCUCAGAAGCCUGACCAACCCCUUCCUCAGAAGCCUGCCCAACCCCUUCCUCAGUGGCAUGUCCAACCCCUUCCCCAGAGGCCUGCCCAACCCCUUCCUCAGAAGCCUGCCCAACCCCUUCUUCAGAGGCCCGCCCAACCCCUUCUUCAGAGGCCCGCCCAACCCCUUCUUCAGAGGCCCGCCCAACCCCUUCCUCAGAUGCCUACCCAACCCCUUCCUCGGUGGACUACCCAACCCCUUCCUCGGUGGACUACCCAACCCCUUCCUCAGACGCCUGCCCAACCCCUUCCUCAGACGCCUGCCCAACCCCUUCCUCAGAUGCCUGCCCAACCCCUUCCUCAGUGGACUGCCCAACCCCUUCCUCAGCGGACUGCCCAACCCCUUCCUCAGAUGCCUGCCCAACCCAUUCCUCAGCGGACUGGCCAACCCCUUACUCAGAUGCCUGGCCAACCCCUUACUCAGUGGCCUGCCCAACCCCUUUCUCAGUGGCCUGCCCAACCCCUUCCCCAGAGGCCAGCCCAACCCCUGA